AACUUGUAUGUGCCCUAAUCAAAUCAGGAUAUUCGCAGAGUUUCCUAACAGCAGCUAUACAGUGCAUUGCAUUGCUCGCCAUGAAGCGGAGGAAAGAAGCCAAGGACGAGGGAGGCGACCACCACGACGAGAAACCCGUACCCAGCGCAAAGAAGCUCAAGGCAGGCAAUUCUGAAUUGAGUUUGAGAAAUGGUAUCCAGUCAAAUGGCCGAACUGAAUCUCCCUCUUCACCAAAAACAUUACGCAGAGGUCUCGUGGCAGAGGACAAGAAUAGGUCAUCGCAAUAUACGGAAGGACGCGGAGAGAGCGCUGUGGAAGGCUCAUCAGAGGAUGAAGUUGGAAUGGGUUACUUGGAGGUAGAUGCUGCGCUUUCGGUCAUCACGCCAAAAAAAGAGAAACUGAAUGGGAUUCUGAAUGACGCAGCCUACAAAGUGAAUGGCAACACACCCACCAAGAGGUUGAAUGGGAAGCCACUCUUUUCAACACCAGUCAAAACUAAUGGUCAUUUGGGAAACGACGAAACUCCAAGGAUAAUAAGGAACGCGGAUCGUUCUGCGCACAGGAAGAGCACCAGAGCCUUGAUAGAGCGGAGCGUAUUGGGCAAUAUCUCUGAUAAUGAGGAGGAGGAGGAGGAUGUUGCUCAACACAUAUAUAAUUCUGAAGAGGAGGACCGUAUCGACCAGGACGCUCUUGAUAUUUCAGCUUUAGUUGAAGCUCCAGCGACGCCAUCAAAGCGAAAACGAGGCCGACCGAAGAAAGAAGUCAAAGCCAAAUUGAGACCCCCAACACCACCUCUUGAGGAUCUUCUGCCACAAGAAAAGUACUUUUUCCAAACUCGGGGAGGUAGAGUUAAGACUUCGGACAACAAUUUGUCAUCCCUUGCUUUAUUGGAUCACGAGGAAUAUUUUACACUCAAACGGGCUUUUGAUGAUCCACAUGCAACAGAUGUCGCCAAUCUGCAGAAUUUGCAUGCACAGUCUUACAAUCAAUGGCAAUUUGAGCUCAGUCAGGAUUUCAAUAUUUGUGUUUAUGGGUUUGGCUCAAAACGAGAACUUCUCAUGCGUUUUGCAGACUAUAUUCACAACUGCCAUGCCUCUACGGCUCCCAAAAUAGUCGUGAUUAAUGGCUACGUUCCAAAUCUCACUAUCAAAGAUGUCUUGACAACAAUAACAAGCGCGAUUUCCGGUACUGGCCACAAGAUUGGCUCACAGCCAGCUGAGAUGCUUGAAAGUGUAAUAGUGUUGCUCGAAGAGAGCCCUGAACAAAAUGUUACAGUAAUUGUUCAUUCGAUUGAUAAGGCACCAUUACGUCGUACUGUAGCGCAGGUAAUACUUUCUCAACUUGCUGCUCAUCCACAAAUUCAUCUAGUAGCAUCCGCUGAUCACCCGUCCUUUCCACUUCUCUGGGACAGCUCCCUUCGCUCUUCUUACAAUUUCCUGUUCCAUGAUUGCACCACAUUUUCGUCAUACAGUACGGAAGUCGACGUUGUAGAUGACGUUCAUGAACUAUUGGGAAGAAGUGGUAGAAGAGUUGGCGGGAAGGAGGGCGUAAGCUUUGUCCUUAAGAGUCUACCAGAAAACGCCAAAAAUCUGUUUAGGGUCCUCAUCGGAGAGCAGCUGGCAACGAUGGACGAAAACCAUGGCUUGGGUUUUGGAGAUGACGUGGAUAAUGACGACGAGGACCAUGGGAAGCGAGUCGGAAGUUCAAGACAGACUGAAAUCGGUGUCGAAUACCGAGUAUUGUAUCAAAAGGCCGUGGAAGAAUUCAUCUGUAGCAACGAAAUGAAUUUUCGAACACUUCUCAAAGAGUAAGCUUUCCCCAUGCGAAGUUGGAAUGUUAUAGCUAAUGGUCUACAGAUUCCAUGACCAUCAGAUGAUACAGAGUCGGAAGGACGCCUUGGGAACAGAAAUGCUCUCUGUUCCAUUUCGCAAGGAAGAACUAGAAACUAUCUUGGAGGACAUUAUGUCCUGAGAUAUCCCGCAAACUUCAUGGGUGAUUUUGUAGAACGUCAUAAAUGCAUUGAGCGCGGCGUCAAGGGUGUCAUAAAUUCAGGUUUAACCUGAGCAUAUUAAGGAUGGAAAUAAGAAUAGAUAUGGAUUUUCAAUUCCUGUUUAUGAUCGGUGAUGAUGCAGUAAGUACUCGUAUGCAUGCAGAGAAUCCACAGCCACAGAAGUUACUCAAUCUUGUAAGAUAAUACUUGUUUCCUCGUCUAUCAAUAAAUGUCUGGCUAUUCUUCAGGCCGCGGCAAGAAUUCCUCCGAACCAAUAUGAUCCUGCGUGAAUGAGACUAUGUGAUAGUGCUAUGGCCCCAUUGAACAAGGAACGUGGCAAAUAAUAUCCUUUUCUGUUGGUGUACUCGAGUGACUUGACUUAAAUCCAUUUAAUCAUUCUAGCAAUUUUAGAGAAACCUAAACAUUGAGACCAACAUUUCUGCCACCUUUCUUGUCCAUCGGGAGUGCAAUCUGGUUUUCUAGUCUCGAUAAAAGAUUUUUUCAGAGACUCUUAUACUGACAUUUAUGCCUGGAGUGGCCAUAAUUGCUACUCUACUCGUACUUCUUUGCUGGUCCGUGUUCCCCACCAGAGAAUGAACUUUCGUAGCGCAACCGAUUCAGCUAACUAAAGUCCACCAGAAAAUGCUCCGACAUGCUUUUCGCUGCUACCAAACCACGACAGGGAAUUUCAUGAUGAAAGAGUUGUCUAAAAAGCCACUUAUCGUUGUUCUUGGAGCAACAGGCACAGGGAAAUCGCAGGUCAUAUUCAUGUGCCCCUCUUCAGUUCUUGGCUAACCUCAAAUGAUAGCUCGCAGUGGAUCUGGCCACUCGAUUCGAUGGCGAGAUUAUCAACGGUGAUGCCAUGCAAAUGUACGAUGGUCUUCCCAUUGUGACGAACAAGAUCACUCCAGAGGGGCAACAGGGGAUUCCGCAUCAUCUACUUGGUUUUAUUGCGCUCGAGGAUGAGCCUUGGAAUGUUGGGUUGUUCAAGAAGAAAGCGAGCAAAAUUAUUGAAGAAAUUAGGUCUAGAGGGCGCCUACCAAUCCUCGUAGGAGGGACACAUUACUACACCCAAUCUCUCUUAUUUGAAGACACUCUGGUAGAAAUCGGCAGCGCGGAGGAAACCCCGCCAUCUUUGGAGGUUGCCUCGCCCGAACGAACAUUUGCGAUUCUUGAGGGGCCUAUAGAGGAUAUUAUACAGAAGUUAAGAGAAGUGGAUCCAGUGAUGGCAGAACGAUGGCAUCCAAAUGAAAGGAGAAAAUUGCGCAGGUCUCUCGAGAUAUAUCUUACGACGGGCAAAAGGGCUUCCGACAUAUACGCCGAACAAAAGCGUCACAAGCGGAGAAUGAGCAAUUCUGGUUCGGAGACAGCUAUACAUGGAGAAACCACAACAAAGGAUGAUCCGACAUUACUUUUCUGGGUACACUCUGAUUCCGAUGUUCUGAAGAAACGGUUGGACGAUCGAGUCGAUAAGAUGGUGCAAACUGGUCUGCUUGAUGAAGUAAAAGCAAUGGGUUCUUUCCUAGAACGCCAAAAAGAAAGAGGAGCUUCUGUUGAUUUAUCACGGGGUAUUUGGGUAUCAAUUGGAUGGAAAGAGUUUGAGGAAUACUUGACGGCGUUGAAAUCCGGAACUUGUUCUGCAGAAGAGCUGGAAAAGCUCUAUGCCCUCUCUGUUGAAAAGACACAGAUAGCCACUCGGCAGUAUGCUAAAUACCAGAUCCGUUGGAUACGUCGAAAACUCAUCACAUCUCUCUCGGAAGCCGGCAAACUCGAGAACCUCUAUCUCCUAGACGCGACUGAUGUCUCUCUGUGGGCGACUAAUGCUUCUAUACCUGCUAUCGAUAUCACGAAGAAAUUAUUAGAUGGUGAGGCACUACCUCAGCCUCAAGGAUUUUCGGAUGUUGCACAGAAGCUUUUGACGCCUGUCUUGGACGAUGAAUUGAAGGAAACUGACUUUCGUCAAGAGUGCGAAACGUGCCAUGUCACUUGCGUCGCCGAGCACCAAUGGCUGGGACAUCUCAAAAGCCGUCGCCAUCGUGCCCUUGAGAGAAAGAAAAUAAAAAAUGCAGCCAACGGUAGGUCAAGGAAGAUUGAUCACAGAUCAAACAACACUGAGAUACCAUGAAUGUCAAGUGCCAAUUCAUCAAUCAAUCUCCAAUGGUUUUUAUGCAGCAAGAGAAAGGUUUGCCAUAGUAUACUACUGGAUGUUACGAUUUCUAUUCGUACUCCAAAAUGUCUAUCCCACAUACUUCUCACAUACAAUUUUUGGGCAGAAUUUCCCUGUCUAUCAUCUAAAUGAGGAUUAAUGGCGCGCCGUCUGAUUCGAGGAAUUGAAGAUCAAUUUCUACGAGGUGGUGAAGAGGUGGCGAAGAGCAGAAGAUGGCCAUUUGAUAGUAUUCGUCUGAAAUGUGCCUUAGUACGUCAUCCGCCAUAGCUUAGAUGACGUUCACGAACUGCCCAGAGGCAAAGGAUUUGCUGUCAGCUUGGAAGAAGUUUAUGUUGCGAAGUAAAUAAGUCCUUCCAAACUCAAUAUAAUAGACUCCGAGUAUGGGUAAUAUAUACACAAGUGCUAGAUAUGUUGUAUCCCAUUCUGUGAACUGAAUAAGUAGUAGUAAAUAGCUCUUAUGAUCUCAACUCAGUUCGUAUUUUCCCUUUAUUUCAACUAUUUUAAAUGAUCAAAGUAAUAUUUAUAUAUUAACAUAAUGGAAGUGCCCUCCUAAUAUUUUAGAUGCUUACUUGAAAAUGUUCUAGAAAGGCUGAACCACCGCAUUGAUUUAUUGGUUCUUUGCUAUUUCACUGUUUAAACUAUCAUUUGGUGUGAUCCUGAAGCGUUGACCUUGGAAAUACCACCAUUGAAUUAUACGGAUGAAGCGUGAUGGUCUGUAGCCUCCAAGGACAGCAUGCCAUAUAUAGCCCCAGGAUUUUGAAUCACAUAUUCACUCAAUUAUAGGAACCACCAUGUAUCUGGCCUCCCGAUUACCUAUGAUCCACCAAAAUCCAGGGGUUCUCAUCUGAAGGGUCCAGUGCUGGAUUAGGCUCAACUUUAAUUGGAUGCUGCUUAGUCAUGCACCGCCAGAAGGCCACAUCUUCCGCCCCAAAAUAUCUAGCCGAUGCAGCUCCAUCGUGGACCUCUUCCCUUCUGAACACAUCACCACGCGUACAUCUCUUUGACACAUAAGAGUCGAGACGACGUGCCUUUUUCCCUUGUCGCUCCUUAAAACAUUUUCUUCUUUUCCACGUCUGUGAGGUUUUUCAGUGACAAACCGCCAAGAUGAGUGGCCGUAAGUCCUCCUUGCCCAUCCACGUUCGCAUGCAUUUUCGUCUUUGCGCUGCGCUAUGCUAUGCUGCCCGAGCUUCAAUUGCCUCAAUUGUGCAGCCGGCAGCGCAUCACCACACUCCUCUUCUCCAGAAUCAUGGCUGACCAUCUCUCUCCGCAGUUCGAUUCCUCGAUCUCAUCAAGCCCUUUACGCCAAUCCUCCCUGAGGUGCAGCAGCCCGAGACCAAAGUUCCCUUCAACCAAAAGUUGAUGUGGACUGGGUUGACGUUGUUAAUUUUCUUGGUCAUGAGCCAAAUGCCAUUAUAUGGAAUUGUUUCUUCUGACACCUCCGAUCCCUUAUACUGGCUUCGAAUGAUGAUGGCGAGUAACAGAGGUACUUUGAUGGAAUUGGGUAUUACGCCAAUUAUUUCCUCUGGAAUGGUCUUUCAGCUUCUGGCUGGCACACAUUUGAUCGACGUCAACCUUGACUUGAAGUCGGAUCGCGAGCUCUACCAAACCGCCCAAAAGCUUUUCGCCAUCAUUUUGUCCAUGGGUCAAGCUACAGUCUACGUGUUCACUGGUCUUUAUGGUCAACCUUCUGAUCUUGGCGCGGGUGUUGUCUUUCUCCUCAUCCUCCAAUUAGUUGUUGCUGGUUUGGUUGUCAUCCUUCUUGAUGAGCUUCUCCAGAAGGGAUACGGUCUUGGAAGUGGUAUUUCCCUUUUCAUUGCCACAAACAUUUGCGAGUCAAUUGUCUGGAAGGCAUUCUCUCCAACCACCAUCAACACCGGUCGUGGACCAGAGUUUGAGGGUGCAGUUAUCGCACUCUUCCACCUUCUUUUGACAUGGCCAAACAAGCAACGUGCGCUCCAAGAGGCAUUCUACAGACAGAACCUCCCCAACAUUAUGAACUUGAUCGCCACUCUCGUGGUCUUCGCCGCUGUAAUCUACCUCCAAGGUUUCCGCGUGGAGAUUCCAGUCAAGUCAUCCCGCCAACGUGGUGCCCGCGGUUCUUACCCAGUCCGCCUUUUCUACACCUCGAACAUGCCAAUCAUGCUUCAAUCGGCCCUCUCUUCCAACGUUUUCCUCAUCAGUCAAAUGUUGCACUCCCGUUUCGGUGAGAACCUCCUUGUUCAGCUUUUUGGUGUCUGGGAGGCAAAGGAAGGAUCAGCUCAACUCUUCGCCGUUUCUGGACUCGCAUACUAUAUGUCACCUCCAUUGAACUUUACCGAUGCACUUCUCGAUCCCAUCCAUACCGCUGUCUACAUCGUAUACAUGCUUGUCGCAUGUGCUGUAUUUUCCAAGACUUGGAUCGAGGUUUCUGGCUCCAGCCCACGCGACGUUGCUAAGCAACUCAAGGACCAAGGACUCGUCAUGGCCGGUCACAGAGAGCAGAGCAUGUACAAGGAGUUGAAGCGCAUCAUUCCAACUGCCGCUGCUUUUGGUGGUGCUUGUAUCGGUGCUCUCUCUGUUGCUAGUGACUUGUUGGGUGCUCUUGGAUCUGGUACCGGUAUCUUGAUGGCUGUCACGUAAGUUUCUCAUUCCCGCUUUAUUUACUUGACAAGAUUCUAAUAAACUAUGCAGCAUCAUUUACGGUUAUUUUGAGAUCGCGGCUAAGGAGGGUGACAUGGCAGGUAUGAAGGGUAUGAUCAUGGGAUAGGUAAAACUUUCCAUGGAGUCUUUUCAUUGCUUUUCAUAUUCAGCUUAGGCUAGAAAAAAGCCGUAGAAAUGAGCAAAUCAUUUCUCGGAUCAAGAGCGAGGGGUUCUUCGCGACCUUGUGUAAAAUCUAUAGCAAGUGGGGGGAGGGUAUCAAUGGAAUGGGAUGGUGUAACAGGGAAUCGUGACGAACCUUUUUUGAAAACAACAAAUCUGCAUUGCGUGGGUCGGUGUUCUCUCGUGGGAAGGAUAUAUAAUCUUAUCUAUGUAUUAUGGUACCCAGGUAGACAAAUGAUGAAUGUCUGUGUGUAUUAAUCUUUUCCAACUAGUUUUGUCAUGAGCUCUUCCGAUUACAUUCUUACAUGGCAGUGAAGUCGGCUUAACAAGUGUUAUCGACUUUCAGUUUUGGCGUCAGACGCCAAGUGUACUUCAGGGUCGGGCACCAUCGAUCUAUCAGGAACUUCACUACAACCUGUAA